AUGGGCAGUGGUGGUGCUAGUGCUGGUGUGGGUGCUAGUCAACUAGUUUCUCAGAAUCAGACAAAGAGAAAGAGGAUAAGCCAAAGUAAUAGUAGAGGUCCAAUUGAUUUAUAUAUGAAGACAGACCACCAAAAAACUCAACAGGCCACUCUUGAAAGAGACUCAGCUGUGAAAGAGAAGUUAAUGAAGACUGCAUGGAAAUGCAUUUCAGCUUGGAUGACUGAGAAUUCAGUAUCAUUUAACACUGUUCGUUGCCCAAGUUUCAAAGAAAUGAUAUAUGCAAUAGGCGACUAUGGGAAAGCUAUGCCCCCACCAUCUUACCAUCAGAUUCGUACGAAUCUUUUCAAGGACCGGUUAGUAGAAAUGAAGAAAUUUGUUGAUACAUUUAGGGAACAUUGGAAGAGGUUUGGAUGUUCUAUCAUGUCUGAUGGCUGGACAGAUGGGAAAAAGCGACAUCUUAUUAACUUUUUGGUGAAUUGUCCGAAAGGGACAGUUUUUUUGAAGUCUGUGGAUGCGUCAAACAGAACCAAUGAUGCUGAUUUUAUACGUGGGCUUGUAAAGGAGGAAAUUAACGAUGUUGGGGAAGAAAAUAUAGUUCAGUUCAUUACCGAUAAUGGUUCAAAUUUUAAAAAGGCAGGGAAAGAUUUAAUGCUUGAAUACCCAAAUAUGUUUUGGACUCCUUGUGGUGCUCAUUGUGUUCAGUUGAUGCUAGAAGAACUUGGUGGCAAGCUUCCACGAAUCAAGACAGCCGUCAUUCUAGGUAAGAGACUCGUUACAUAUAUUUAUGCUCAUUUUCAAGUAUUAAGCUUAAUGAGGGAGAUGAUCGGUGGUGAAUUACAUAGGUCUACAAAGACUAGAUUUGCAACUCAGUACUACACACUAGAAAGUCUUGCAAAGUAUAAAACCCAUUUGCAAAUAAUGUUUGUGAAUGAUAAGUGGUUGAAAAUGAGGUUUGCAAAAGAAACUAUGGGAAUUAAUGUACUUAAAAUUGUCACAAGCGGUACAUUUUGGGAAGAUGUUGAUUAUUCUUGUAGAGUGCUAAAGCCUUUGGUUAAGGUUGUAAGGUUAGUGGAUAUCGAGCGCAAACCUACAAUGCCUUGUUUUUAUGAAGCAAUGAGGAUAGCAAGGGAGAAACUCGAGGAGAAUUUCAGUCAAGAUGAUAGUACUUGUUCCCUGCUCAUCUAA